CCGAGAUGGUAAUAGUAUGUAGGUUAUCAACGAGGAUGUAAGUGGUAGGUGUCUGUUCUCUGAUCACUGGUCUUGUUACGAUACCUGGAUACAUGUCUUUGAACUCUGAAGCCAAUGGGCGGCGGAUUGCUUGUGUGGAGCAGUGUUUCGGCUCGGGUGGUGUGACUUUGAGCAGGGAUGGUCGGGUGUUGGUUGGAGAAGGUGUUCUCACUAAACUGUGCCGCAAAAAGACGAAACCUAGAAUUUUCUUUCUCUUCAAUGAUAUAAUAGUGUAUGGAAAUAUAGUUAUACAUAAGAAACGGUACAACAAGCAGCGGGUGAUUCCACUGCUGGACGUCAAGUUAGAAGACGUACCUGAUACUGGAACUAACAAGAACGGUUGGAAAAUAAUCAGCCCUCACAAGUCAUUUAUUGUUCACGCGGCCACAGUGACGGAGAAAAAGGAAUGGAUGGCACACAUAAAGAAAUGCGUCAAUGAUCUUCUGAUGAAUGGUGCAGUUGAUCAGACAGGUAAAGAGGCGCCAGUGUGGUUACCAGAUUCAUCAGCAGCUGUUUGUAUGCACUGCAACAAGUACGAGUUCUCAAUUAUCAACAGAAGACAUCACUGCAGAAAUUGUGGGAAAGUGGUGUGCCACCCGUGCUCCAAUCAGAAAUGGCAAUUUCCUGAACAAUCGGACAAACCACUGCGAGUCUGUUUGACAUGUUAUCACACCCUGUCCAGUACUACAGAGAACCUUACACCUACAUACCCUAACUCAAGCAUGGGAGAACACUCUUCAGGUGACUCAUCUGAUGACGACGAAACAACAAACACUGAUGUCCCUGCUAAUACAAUGUUUCAGUCAUAUGAAAAUGUUCAGUUGAAUCGCGCGUGAUUUUAUACACACUUGUUAAUUUUAGUUCCUCACAAUUUAGCUUCCGUCUGCUGUAAACCAACUGAAACAGCUCCACUUGGUGUCUGUUGUACUGUUCAAGUAUUUCUUACUGAAUCAGUGGCAAUGAAAGUAAUUCCAGUACACUUCUUUGUUGCGUAAUUGUUCACAAUUAUUAAUGUUUUCAUGGGUGUAUAGGCUGUUGAUUGGGUUUUUUGUAUGUCCUUCCUGAAAAUGUCCAAAUAAAAUGUUGAGUUUAUGACGAAUAUUUAAUGACAUUUUUUUCUUAUAAAAACGUUUGUUACUAACUUACCUUUAAUCAACCUCUCUCUCUCCAUCCCCCCCCCCCCCACCCCCCAUGAAAUCUUUUGUACACUCAUGAAAAUGUUAAUAAUAAAACUAAUUUAUCAGGCGAAUUUGUUACCUACGGCAUUUUUCAGCCUUCCUAUAACGUUUUUAAAGCAGUAACUGUUAUAACGAAAAAUCUGGUUUGUGAGGAAAGUGCAUAUAAAAACAUCCCUUGCUGCAAAUGUCAAAAUGUAGUGGGCUUCCUCUCGAGAUAAUCAUAUUGAUGUACUUACAUUUGUUUGACACCCAAUAGCCAAUCUCCAUUGUUGUGCUGGGCUGUUGUUAAACCAUUCAUUCAUUCAUAUGUCAGAAUGAUGAAAAUGUUCAACAUCCAAUAGCCGAUCUCCAUUGUUGUGCUGGGCUGUUGUUAAACCAUUCAUUCAUUCAUAUGUCAGAAUGAUGAAAAUGUUUAACAUCCAAUAGCCAGGGCUUCUAGAAUUUUAUAAAAAAAAUCCACUAGCCAUGGGAUGAGUGAUUUAAAACAUUU